GGCCAGGCAAACCGGGGGAGGUGGCCGCGUAACCCAAGAUGGACGUUGGGCGGAUUGACCCCAAAAUGGACACGAUAUUGAAUGUCCCUUCUAAACAGCGAUAAAUCAUCACUUGACUGAGAAUCAACUACAAGGCAAGACCCGUAGCAUCUCCACAUUAUUCUACAUACCCUUGAUGGUUGUCCGAGAAAUGGCGGAUUUGUUGGUAUCAUCCGACAAUUUGUUUGCAGCGGGGAUAGGGCAAUGCCUUCAGGCGUUCCUGGGCGCAUCGAAUGCGAAAGCCCAAGCAGCGCCUAUCAUGGUUACAUUUGGGAAUCGCACGAUGGCAUUCGGAAAGAAAAAAAUGGCAAGCAUGACGGGUCGCGUAAGUAUUCGAACCUGUUGUCUCCUUUUUGACUCCACGAUGACCGUGCCACAGAAUGCAUUCAUAUACAUCAAAAGCAGAUUUGGCCUGCUGAAUGCAACUACACCACUAUACCUCCAUGCUGUUUUUCCAGGGGGUCCGGACGAAGAAGAAAAAUACGUUGAAGUAGACUUGGAUGCAUUUGACGAGCUUGUGAUGUACAUAUCGAAAUUGCGCAUCAUGACCUAGGUGGGCACGACGAGCUGGCUCUCGCGGCUCUUACUGGAAAAAAAAAAAAAAAUUGAAGACGGAAGGAAAUUCUAGAACGGUGAAGGACGGCUACUCGAGUUGCAAUGACGGCUGUAUUGAUUACGUAACAUU